CAUCUCAUUUCAAAACAUAAGAAUGUCAUGAGAGAAAAAAAGCUAGGCGUUCGUUUUCAGGGGAAAAAUCGUGUUCAACUCAGCUCUAGAUAGAUUGUAGUGUAUAAUAUUAAUAAGAAUGGAUCCCUUCAUCAUGGCAUCGAAAGAUAGACUAUAAAUAAAUAUACACUUGGGGCAUUGAUAUCUUUUGCAUAAAACAGCUGGAAAUAAAAUUAUAUUAUUUGUUUAUCUCUGUGCAGAAUAAAGUUUUCGAGACGACAAAAACAAAUUCUACAAAGACAUGGACUCAUCCAAUCAACGGUUUGAGAUGGAAUGCUCUGCUUCUCGGGUAUCCCCGCCCAAGUCAAUUAUCGAUUCCACCCCUUUACAGCCCGCAAUGGAUAAAAAUAAGGAAUCUUUGAAGGUUAAACUGUUAGUCAGAAGAACAUUAAAUCAGUUGGUGGAGCAAGGAAUAAUGCCAUCGCUGAAAACAUCACCUGCAAUCUACGAACAGCAAAGGCAACUCGAGCGAGCAAAAACUGGCGACCUGUUGAAGGCGAAAAUCAAACAAAGGCCUGACAGAAUGGAGUUGGAACGGCGACAUAUUCUGGAACACCAAGAAAGCAACAUAGAUCCAAGUAUAGCAGAGAAGAAAAAAAUGCUAGAAAAAGCCUUGUUAGUAGAUCAUCUCAACUCAAAAAUAUCCCAUCGGCCUGGACCACUAGAACUUAUAGAGAAAAAUAUAUUACACGCAGAUGAGCCUAUUGAACGGAUAGUUAAAGAAGGUCUUGUGAACUAUACUUCAACGGAUGAGGCAGUUUCCCCUGCACAAUCAGUGUGUAGUCCGGAAAGCAUGGUCUGCAUUGAGGAUGAUUCGUUAAGUUCAGAAGGGGAAACACAAAAUCUACAGAAACUAGCACCCAAUCGUGUUUAUCUUCUGACACCGCCUCAGACCAUAACUAUCGCCCCUGAAACACUCUCCAAAACAUCCGCUAUCGGUGCAGUCGCCAAUAGGGGUUUCGAACCUUCCAGUUCAAGCGAUUGUACCACAUUUUUGCAAAGAGACGGUAGCUGCACGAAGCAAGAAACCUCCGAUUCAUCUGCGUAUAAUUUUCCGGACACAAACAAAAAAACAAUUUCAGUCUCGUCCACACUGAAAGGAGAAUUGAAAGAUAAGAGCAAAAAAAAGAACAAAAACAAAGCUAUAUCGAAGGCAAGAUCAAUCAAGUUCCACGAAUAUAAAGGUCCCCCAAAUGCGCAGAAACAUUUGGCUUCACAGCAACCGAAUGGUGAAACAAACUAUCAAUUAAUAAUGAAGCAGCAAUACCUUUUGGAGUAUCUUGAGGAAAUCUGUAAGAAUCCCCCUGUUUUUCCGGUCAGUGCAAAAAUGUCAUUCUCGACAACGGCUAAAGAAAAAGAUUCCUGCUCGGCAAUACAAGCAAACGAAUUAAAUUCACUACAAAAACUGCCUCCUGAUCCAGCAACCGAUGUACUUAACAAGCUCAAGGUUUUUCAACUCAAACGAUACUGUAAAAAGUAUAACUUGCCUGUAUCUGGCUCAAAGUCAAGCCUUGUUGAUCGAUUAAAACCAUACCUUCAUUUGAUGGAGAAAAGCCCCGAUUUCGAAGCGAAGUGCGAAACAGAAGCUGCAUGCAGUGGCGGUGGACUACAAGAACAGAAGAGUACCGAAGCAAUGGAAGAAAACUUAUUGAAAGAGCAACAAAAACGAAUUGCUGAGCUUCAGAGACAACUUAAAAAAAGCCAAGAGGAGUUGGAACAGAUUAAAUUGAAACAAAUGAGGUCGCAACAGAAUGAAAGUUCGAGCAUGUCGUUAGAACCAAAACCGGAAAUUAGCGGUUUCGUAGGUAGCAAAGUGAAAAUUGCGUCUCUACCAACUGAUAAAAUGUUAUCUGAUAUGGAUAUAAAAAUAACCGUACAUCUGGAUCCAGGAUCGCCUGACACAAAUAUUGUACCUAAACAGGACCCAGAUUAUGCGAGUAAUGAAAUUAUGUUCAACCUAAUGGAUUCUCAGAACGGUUCGUUGGGAAAUAGUGCUGAUUGCCGGGAAACGUGGAAAACAAAAGACCUUCUUGAGUCUGUCGUUAAUGGUGAUAGCAUUCUACAAUGUAAUGCUGCUUCCCACAAGGGAUUGAAUUUUGUGUCAAAUAAUGAAACUCUUGAUAAAUUGUUGGGACAGGUGCAACCCGGUAUCCCUCAGCUUAGCGACAAAUCUGUACAUUGCUACACUGGAGCCCUAGACACAAGCGUUUGCAACCGACUGAAGGAUUCCCCUAACAAAUCAAGCUUAAAACCCAUUAACGGUAGCGAUGUAGAUACUCCGUUGGUUCUAAAUGACUAUAACGAUGUGGAUCUGCUUGAUUUUCACAUGCACAUAGAUGACACAUGCGACACCCAAUAUGCAAUAUCAAAAUCAGUAGAGAAUGCAUUUCAAAGUAUGGAGCCAAAACAAACAGAAAGCGUUGACAAUAUCGCCAAAAUGAAUUUUGAAUCCGAUAUGCAUGCGGACAGUAACAGUUCAAUGUGUGAUGAUAGUAGAAUGGAGGAUAAGUGCAACAUUUUCAAUGAUUUUGAUGGUCUACGUUUCGUGCAUAAUGAACCAUAUUGCGAUAUAUUUUCGGUGUAUCGAAACGGUGUGAGCGCGGAUUAUACCGAGGAAACGAUGUCUAAGAUAUUUUCAAAAAAGGUUGCAGCAAACGAUAAUGAUAAAAACUACGGCACUAGCAAUACCAUGGCUCCACGAAGUUCUAACAAUACCCAAAGGCAUUCGAAUUUCAGCACCGAGACCCCGAACAUAAAGGACAGUUGGAUGCCUACUGACACACCAUACGACACAACUAAAUUCAAGCCAAUUGCUUCUGAUAGCUUACAGCAAAACACAAACAAUAACCAUGUCGAGAUAAUGAAUGUUACUGGUAACAAAAAUAACUACGACAGGCUGUUUUUUGUAGAAAAUGGAAAGAGCACCAUGUUAAACACUUGCAAUAAUAACACACACGCAGGGCAAGUUAGCCCGAUGGAUUUUGAUAUUUUGUUAUCAAAUAUUGAUUUACCAAUUGCUACUCAAAAUUGUGAUCGAGAAAUACUUGAUGAAAAUCAGGACAAAAUGUUAGAUGAUCUGCAACAAAGUAGUUUACUUGAUUAUUUUAAUGAUGAUUAUGGUAUGCAAAAUGAUACUUUGACAUGUGGAAUAAAUAAUGUUAGUUAUUGAAAUAUA